CCACUUUCUGUGUUCAGUUUUGUGCAACACCAAUCUUCGUUUUGGAUCAAUUGACUACGAAGGGUGUUUGUGUUUUCUUUCACAAUGAUAGUGCAGAAACUCUUCCUGUAAAAGACACACAGGAACCAAAAAGAGGAAGAGGAAGGACAAGCGGACAGAGAUGUGAUGGACGUGACAGAUGAGAACUGUAGUCCAGUCAUCGUCACGAAUGGUGAUUAUCCGGUACGGUGCACUGAGGAAGUACUUCUCCAUUUCUUCACAGAUGAGAGUCUGCAGGCCGCCAUGGACUCACAACACCCUCCCGCCUCCUGCAGCUCCCCCCCGGCUCUCCCAGAGCUUAGACUGGUCCUCCUGGGCAGGAAAGGAGCAGGGAAAAGCGCGGCUGGCAACACCAUCCUGGGAGGAGUAGGGGGUUUCGAGAGCGGGAAGCCCACGGAGGAGUGUGUGAAAAGGCGAGCUGAUGUGGCAGGGAGGAAAGUCACAGUGGUAGACACCCCAGGGUGGGAGUGGUACUAUCCGCUCAACAGCACCCCCAACUGGGUGAGGAGGGAGACUUUACGGAGUGUGACACUUUGCCCUUCUGGACCCCACGCUGUGCUGCUUGUGGUGCGAUCCUGCGCCUCAGUAACAGAUGACUACAUCAGUGAGAUACAGGAGCACCUGGAGCCGCUGGGAAAAGCAGUUUGGGAGCACACCAUGUUGCUGUUUACCCGGGGAGACGAGCUAGGCCUGGUGUCAAUGGAGCAACGAAUCCAGACGAGCGGCCCGGCACUCCAUAGGCUCCUCCAAAAGUGCGGGAACAGAUACCAUGUCCUGGAUAACCGGAGCAAAGGAGAUGGGACGCAGGUUAAAGAGCUGAUAAGGAAGCUGGAGGAGAUGGUGGAGGGGAAGAAGGAUGGAAGCAGUCAUUUAGAGAUGGAUAAUACGGUCCUGGUGGGUCUGGAAGCAGACGGGAAGCGGAGAGCAAGGGAGAGGAGGAAGAAACAGAGGCAGAUGGAGACGCAGAUGCAGAGAGGGACCAUCAAAGCUGCUCUAAUGAGUGAUGGUCUUCAAGGUUCAGAGCUAGACGCCCGCCAGUCGUUCUCCAAGGUUCCCCGACGCCUAACUGAGGUCAGGCUGGUUCUCCUGGGCGAGCGUGAAACAGGAAAGAGCUCUGCCGGGAACACCAUCCUGGGCAAAAUGGGCUCCUUUCAGGCCGGGGCAGUGACAGAGGAGUGCGUCUGUCAGCAAGCGGAGGUGGCCAUGCGGCUGGUGACGGUGGUGGACACUCCCGGCUGGGAGGGAGGUGUGGCGGGGGCCACACCUGAGAGGGUGAAGAGGGAGAUUGUCAGCAGCGUGGCCCUGUGUCCUCCAGGGCCCCACGCGCUCCUGCUGAGUCUGAGGGUGGAUACACUGGUGAGGGCAGCACAUGUGAAGGAACAUCUGGAGCUUCUGGGCGAGGGUGUAUGGAGACACACAAUAUUGCUGUUCACCCACGGGGAUCAGCUUCGGGAGGGGGUGGAUAUCGAGCAGCACAUCCAGGGUGGGGGCAGAGAUCUCCAGUGGCUGCUGGAGAAGUGCAGGGGCAGGUACCACGUCGUCAGCAGCCUAGAUGGAGGAGGAAGAGGAAGUGAAGGCUCCGUUAAGGUGACGGAGCUCCUGCAGAAGGUAGAAAAGAUGGCGGCGGUGAACAGGUGUGAGGCUUUCUCCGGCCUAGUUCAGGAGGUCAUAGAUCUGAGCCGGCACAGGAACGAGAAGUUCAACCAGCGGCUGAAGGACAUGGGAGAUAAAAUGCUUCGCCAGGAGGAGGAGUUGAAAAAUAUUAGAGACAGGGAGAUGAAAAGAAUCAGGUGGUUUUUUGACAGGAAGAAGAAGGGGAAAUCACCCGGAAAAGCCGACGUUCAAAGGGAAGAGGAGGAGGAAGAGAACAGGAGGAUGGGAGAAAGGAAGAAUGAUGGGGAAGUUGAGGGGGAGCUGGAGGAGAGGAUGCGAUGGCUGACAGAGGAUAAAGAAAGAGAAAUUCAGGAUCUGAGCAUAGAAAAUGAAAGAAUCCAGGUGGCGCUAACCCAGAGCAGACGAGAAAGGGACGAGGCGAUGCUCAGGCUGGAGCUAAAAGAGAGAGAGACGGAGGAGCUGAAGGAAAGAAUUGACGAGCAGCAGCUGAAGCUGCUGGACCUUGAGCGUGCCGGUGUAGCAAAUGAACAUGAGAGAAAACAGAGGGAGGAUACCAUCAAAGCAAAGAAGCAAGAGUGGUUGAGUGAGGUUAAGAAAUUGGAAGACAACAUAGAGCUGCAGAAGAAAGAGAAAGCAGAGUGGAUGGAAAAAGUUGAUUCUUUAAAAGCAGAAAUGGACGAGACUAAAAGACAUAUUGAUGAUAUGCUCGAGAGAAAAGAACAAGAAAGAAACAAGGAGAUGGCAGAGAUGGAAGAAAAACUUAAAAAAGAGAUGGAAGUCAAACUGCUUGAAAAAGACAAAGAACUGGAAAAAACUAGGAAGAAAGCCUCAGAGGAAAAGCAGAAAACUCACGCUAUCAUAAAACAAUGUGAAGAAGCUACGGAAAGGAAAGUUGAAGAAAUGAAAUCACAACAUAGGAAAGAGAUGCAUGAGAAAGAGGCAGAGAUACAAGGCAUACAACUGCAGCAUCAGGAAGAGAUGGCCAGAAAAAUCAGAGAAAUAGAAAAAAUGAUGGAGACAAUGAAAGUUCAACACCAAAAAGAAAUUGAUCAAAAGUUUAAAGACAAUGCAGAAAAUAUGGAAAGAGUCAAAUGGCAGCAUGACAAUGAAAUAAAGGAAACGCGGCAAGAAAAACAAAGAAAGAUUGCAGAGCUGAAAGAGCAGUUUGCAAAAGAAACAGAGGAACAAAUGCAAGUAAAAAAGAGAGAGAUAGCGGAGUUAGUGCAGAGGUUUCUCGCCCAAACAGAAGAAAAAAUGCUGGAAAAUGAAAAAGAGAAGGAAAUGAUUCGUCUGACCUACAAAAAAGACAUGGCACAGAAGUUGCAAGAGAAAGAAAAAGAGGAUGAAGUGUUAAAAUUGCAGCAUCAGGAAGAAAUGGCAAGAAAAAUGAAUGAAAUGGAAAAACUAAUGGAGAGGAGGAGAGCGGAAGACAAGGAGGAAAUAGACAGAAAAGUGAAAGCGAAAGAAGAAGCUGUGGAAAGGGUCCAACAGCAGUACAGUGGUAAAAUAAGGGACUUGGAGCACGAAACACAACGGCAGAUUAAAGAGCUGAAACAACAGUUUGCAGAAGAAAUUGAGAAACAAUUGCAGGAAAGACAAAGACAGAUAAGACAGUUGGAGCAAAAGCACACCGCCCAAACAGAGGAAAAGGUGCUAGAAAAUGAAAAAGUGAUGAAUGAAAACCACGAAAAAUACAUUUUGCAACAAAUGCAAGAGAGAGACCGACUAAUCGAGGAGUUAAAACAUCAGCACAUUAAUGAAAUCAAAGAGACAAUGCAAGAAAGUGAAAAAGAAAAGGAAAGACUUGUUAUGAAUCUCAAGAAAGAGAUGGAGCAAAGACUGCAGGAAAAGGAAAAAGAGAUAGAUGAGAUCAAAGUAAAUGUGAAAGAAAUGAAGAAACAGCUGCAACAAAAGGAAGAGAAAGAACUAGAUAAUUUAAAUUACAAGCAAGAAAUGGAGCAAAGACUGAGAGAAAAAGAAAAAGAAAUUGGAGAGUUUGAGUUUUUAUCUGCAAGUCAGGGUCACAGAGGCUCAAACAACAAAGACCUUACUGGGUCGGGUUUGAGGGUGGUGGUGUUAGGGGAGUCCUGGUCGUCUCGCUCCCCCGCUGGAGUCACCAUCCUGUGUGGACAGGCACCCAAACACGAUGGAUCUACCUUCAUGCCCUGGAGAGGUCAAGUAGCCGGACGGCGACUUACAGUCGCAGAACCGCUCGGUCUGAAGUGGCGAGAUGGGCCGGAUCGGACCAACACAACGCAAAGGAAAAGCAUUCUCGACGGCAUCUCCUGGUGUCACCCUGGACCUCACGUCGUCCUCCUGCUCAUUCCCGCCUUCUUAACCUGCACACAGAAGUACAGGAGAGCAAUAGAGGAGGACAUGAGUUUGUUUGGGGAAGACAUUUGGCAGCGCACGCUGGUGGUGUUCACAUGGGGGGAAAUGUUAGGGGAGAGCGCAGAGCAGCACAUCCUGAGGAACGGGGAGCUAAUGGGGCUCGUAGAGAGAUGUGGGGGCAGGUAUCAUGUGCUUGGCAGCAAAAAAAGUCACUCUUUGAUUGAGAGAUUGUUUGAGAAGAUGGAGGAUAUGGUGACUUUGAAUAGCAGAGAACUGUGACGAGACUAUGAAUUUAUCAUGUAAAAAUUGUGUCUUUCAUCUUACGUGAAUAUUUUUGAAUAAAUUUAGAAAGUGGUG